UGGGUGUGGUGUCCUAGCAACCUGCAACGUUUGUCCAAUCCACCUGAAACUUCUGCUGUCCGUCUCUUCCUAACGUCAGCCGAGCGAAACCCAGCGUUAAUUUAACUUGAACUGUUAUUGACACAAAAGCAACCGAGCUACAGCACCUGGUUGAUGAAAAACUCCAGGUUUAAUGGGAAUUAAUUAGCGUUUGCAAAGAUGAUUGAAAAGCUGAGUUUGACCUGUGACAGACUGCUGUCACACCGGCAGCUCGCAUGUUGUCACUCUUACUGUGGCCUACCACUGCAUGGCAAUGAAAUGCUUAUUUACAGUAAUAUGGACAUAGAGCAGCAGCCACUGCUACUAACUGGCCACCAUGGUGAGAUCAGUGCCAUGACUUUUGGGAAAGGAAGCAGACCUGUUCUCCUGUGCUCUGCCUCUGCUGAUUAUAUAAUUGUCUGGGAUAUUGAACUAUGCCAGAGGAGAACACAGGAGGGUAAAGUUGCAGCUGGAACAGUUAUCGGGACUUUACUGGGUGAAGUCAUCCAUCUUUCAUUUUGUUUCUCUGAUGAACGAGUGGCUGCAUGCUCGGGAGCAGCUGUACAUAUUCUCACCUCAAAGAGACAUGAAGUGAUCUCUACCUUGACCGGCCACCUCGGACCUUUAACAUCAGCAGAGUUCUGUCCCUGGAAUAAAGACAUCCUUGUCACCACGUCGGAGGAUCGCACUUUUAAGGUGUGGGAUUUAAAAAUGGAAGCGGUGUGCUAUCAGUCUUUUGUGCUUACAGCCUCUCCACUGCUCAGUGUGUUCUUCUUGGAGGAGAACAGGCACCUUAUCACCGGUUCAGUGGAUGGACAGGUGUGGUGCUUUUCUCUCCCUGAUAACCACAAGUGUCACCUAGUGACUAAAAUGGAUCUUCAGAAGAUGGAAAAAAGACAUCACCAGUUGACAUCGAGCCAUCAAGCUGGGGUCGCAGACCAAUCAGCUGCAGAUAAAGUGGAGACUUCAAAACCUAUCCUCAAAAUGGCUUUAUGUGACUCAUUCACUGGCACUAGUUAUGAGGAUAGAAACUGGUUAUAUGUUGGAAGCUCUGAUGGCCUGUAUGUGGUUGAUCUGGCUACCUCAGAACUCCUAACGGCACUAUAUUUCAAAGAUUACCCCAACCUGAGCAUCACAAUGGCUGGGUCGUGGUCAAUCUCUCCAGGGUGGGGUAACUCUAUGGUGUUUUUAGUGAGCUCUUUGUUUACUCCAUGUGUGGCCCUGUUGGAGUUACGCCUGUGUGACCUAGGGUGGAUCUGGGCUUGUGGUGAAGGGUUUUCAGUGUUCCCGAGUUCUCCUGCGUUGCCUGAAUCUCCUCUGAACGCUGAGUUAAAGAAGAAGGAACCCAACCAUCCCAAAAAGAAAGGAGGAAUAAAGGAGCAGCCUCUGGUUUUCCACUCGAAAGUGAAGUCAUCUGGAUACACCAGUGCCCCAAGAAGAAGUAUGUUUUCACCUAAAACAAAUAUUCAGAAGAAUCCUUCUUCUAAAAAAGAUGCCAAAAAUACAGGUUUAUUCCUCAGAGAUUAUCCAGCUGACAGUGCAGCACCUACUGUUCCACAGAUUGAUCUAAGCACUGGCAACAAACCAGUCUACUGCCUUCAGUACUCAGGUGACGGAAAACAAAUCCUGUGUGGUCUUGGCGACAGCUCGGUGUUAUUGUACAAGUCCUCCCUUACUGGCAGUCCAGCUGUCUACACAGGGCAUGACAAGCCAGUGAGCAGUGUAAGCUGGAGCCUCAACAGACAGUGGUGGCUGAGUGCGUCAGAAGACCAGUCACUCCGAAUCUGGACCCAGGGCAGUCCAGAGCCUGUGAUUAUCAUGGGCAACAGUAUGUUCUCCAAACCCAUUAGAAGUGCUCAAUUUUAUUACCUCGACAAAUUUCUACUUCUGGCAUCCGGGCCGUCUCUAUACUUGUACCUGUAUAAUGUGGACAUCACACGUGACAGCAUCAAAAGAUAUCAGCAACGGAGCGUCGUCAAAUUGGCAGGACGCUUUGCAACGACAUCAGCAACAGACAUCACUGCCUUGUCUGCAAUCAGUGAUUUCUUCUCUUACAUUGUUCUAGUGUGUGGUUCAGAUCGCUCCAUUCAAGUAUUUGACAUGAACAAGGGUACAGUUGCCUCAGAGCUGCCUGAUGCUCACAACAAAGCCAUCCACUGUGUGACACAAAACAAGGGCUCUAUGUUCAGCACACAAGCGCCGGAUUCACACAACCUCUUCCUCACAAGUGCGGUCACGGAUGGUGUGAAGAUCUGGGACCUCCGUACACUUAGGUGUGUGCGUCGUUACGAGAACCAUCUAAAUCGUUGCCAUCCAUGCUUGUCAGCUAUCUCACCAUGUGGCCGGUUCAUUGCCUCAGGCUCUGAGGAUAACUGUGCUUAUGUGUAUGACAUCCGUAGCAGCAGCUACCUCCACAAACUUCAAAAACACUCAGACACAGUGCUCAGUGUGACUUUCAACCCUGCCACACCAGAGCUGCUGACUGGGACCCUGGAUGGGAAGCUGAGACUGUUUCAGUCCAGCAGUGGGGCCUGUCUGUCUCAUGACACCAGUGCUGCUGUGCAUAGCAUCCCCAACAUGACUGCAUAAUUACAGCAGGCUGCUGCGAAGACCAUGUAGGUUUCAUUAAAACAUUUCCAACCCCCUGGCUAGGAUUUUACUGGGAAAGAAGAACGAAAGGGUUUGUUUUUGGUUAUUGGUUAAAUGAAGAUAGAUACAAGUUUAAAGAGGUUUUGUUUUUCUUGUUAUAUGUGACUUUUGUGUUCUUUUCAAAUUGUCAAAAGGACCCACCCAUUUAAACAUCUUUGUUAAACUUCCAGAAUGUAGAGACUGCUUUUCUUUUGACUGAGAUUCAAAGUGGUUUGAUUCAAUCAGUGGUUUGAUUAAAUAUGUUUUCAUUUAACCACAUUACUGUGAUGCAAUAUUUACUCAAUUAUAUGUAAUUACAGCUAAAUUUGCCAACAACAAUUUUAUCAGCAGUUAUUCCCAUACGUUCGUCUACAUUCUCGAUGGUCAAGCAUAAGAUUUAGUUUGUUCAGUAUGUGGAACAGAUGUACUUCUGUAUCACUGGCUGUGGCCACUACUUAACAGAUCAGCACACAGAGCUAUGACAUCAACUGGGUGCAACCUCUUUGGCUGCCAGACACACAGAUGCUACUACUGUUCACACUGACAAACCCAUCGCAUUGUUUGAGCUGUACAUUUACUCUUCUCUACCUCAGUCACAGCAAAAUGUCAGCUACACUCAACUGUAAUGGAGCAGAAUAAAAAUAUGGGACUCUCAUGUUUGUCAAGUAUGAAUAAAUUGUUACAUCUUCA